AUGGGAGAUUUCGGCUGGAGCACUCCCCCAAAAGCUUCAGCCUCCGAUCCCGUCGGCUCCUGGGGCAGCGAUCUGCGGGUGUCGCCCAGUGCCCUGGUGAUCUCCACCAUUGCUGCCAACGCCUGCCUGUCGCAGGUGGACGUGUGGGGGACACCGGUGCCGCUUGGGGCCGCGGCCAUCGCGACCUGCGUGAACUUUUGGGUGGGGAUCCUGGCCGUGGCGGUCCAGGCGACGGCGUGCACGUGCUUGGUGUCGGUGCGCGUGCUCUUGUGGGGAUUCACCGAGACGGAGGCGAAGCUGGUCCGCGCGGCUCACGUCGACGAUGGGCCCAAAGCGGCGCGUGCGCCAGGAGCGCGGCACAUCAUCCUCGCGCCGGACCGGGACAUGUACGAGAAGGAGGUCGACAGCCUGAACGUGGAGGAAUUCAAGCAGGCCGAAGGGCGCCGAGCUGCGUUCGUGGAUCGACCGCUGGCGGGCGACGAGCCGGAGCCGGCUGGCGAGCCGGGGCCGCCGCUGCCUGCCCCGGUCACGGAGGCGCUUCCGGUGGGCGACGGGCUAGCGGCCAUUGGGCAGCGGGCCGACUUGUGCUGUGUGGCAAGCGCGGGCAGCGUGAGGCGCGGGGACGUCUACUCGUUCUCCGACUCUCUGGAGACGCCGUCGGGGGUGUUGACUGGGAUCGGCAAACACGGCUUGUAUGAUCAGGGCCGGCACGGCAGUUCGGCGGUUCUGGUGCUACUGGCGCCGGGCGAGACCGCGAGCAAGGCGCCGAAGGCCUUCGGCGCUGGCUUAAUGGCCCGGGCCCUGGCGGCUGAGGAGGGGUCCCCAACGCCGCAGGCGCAGGCUGAGGACGCGCGCGCGCGCUCGCGAUCCUGCGCGACUUCGACGGGUCGCAGGUUCCGCAACCUGCGGAGCGUGGCGGAGGUGGCCGAGAAGUGCGAGUUCGAGGAUUGGGUGCUGUCGGGGCCCCGCGCCACGCUGUACGUAGCCUCGGAGAUCGCGAAGCAGAGCGGUGGCCCGGUCCAGCGGCACACCACUUGGAGGCACGAGAACAAAUUGAACGAUGAGGAGCACAGCGUCGUGGCGUAUGAGAUGCUGUCGGAAAUCAGAGCGCUGGCGUGUACCUACGAUCAGGUAGACUGUUCCACCCUCGCGAGCAUGGAGGCUCCUGCGAGGCACGUGGAGUUCAUCGAGCAGAAGACUGCUGUCGGCCGCCGCGUGAACAGCUGCAUCGCCGCCCUGAACAACCUUCACGGGGAGGGCGACUUGCUCGGAGCGGGCUGCGUCAGCUUGCUGGAGGUGCUGCCGGAGCCUGACUACCAGGAGAUGGUCGACGGGGUCCACACGCCUACAGGGUCGGCGGAUUAUUGGGAGAAGACCUUGAAGUCCAACGGAGACGAGUACUUGCUGUUCGUUCAGGACCUCCUGGCUCGUGGCAUGGUGGAGCUGCGCACUCGUCGUGGUUUCGAAGUGGGAGUUUUCUUUGUGAAGAAAUCAGGCAGGUUCAGGCACAUCGCGGAUGCCCGAGCCGUGAAUCAAUCCUUGGAGCGGCCGCGAACGAUCCACUUGGCGUCGACCGCGGCUGUGGUGGGCCUGGAGGUCGAGGGCGGCGCCAAGCUGGAAUUCUCGAUUCAGGACAUCGCGGAUUGCUUGUACCAGCUGGUGCCGUGGUGCCGUGGUCUCGAUGGCAUCGAGAGCGAGCUGGGUGAUCGCCAGAUCGCGCCGGGCGUGGACUCGUCGCCGGUGCUGCGGAUCGUGUGCGUGGACAACGAGAUCUGUGUUUCUUCGCAGGUGAGCGCCACUCGCGGCGCGCGCAGGCAGGCGGCCAGUGUGAUGACCCCGGCAGGCUUCCUUCUGCACAAGGUGGACGAGAGCAAGUCGGUGGCUUUCAUGCCGCCUGCAUGGUGCUUUUCCUCGCCCGCGACCGUCCAUAUUGUCUUCUCAGGUCCCGCUCGCUACAUUGACCAAGACAGGGGGCUGCUCGCAUUGCCGGCCGCGAGGGCAGCCAGCGCCGCGGUGCUGCUCCUGGGCGGCGCGCUGCUGGCCUCGCGAUGGUCGGCGAACGUGGUCUGGACAGGAUCCCCGGCGCUGAUAGUCAAGGCGGCGGUCGCUGCGCACAACGCCUCUCGAGGGCGUCGUGAGUCCUGUGACUGUAGCUGGGCCAGCACCGCCACGUGCGCGGGGAGCAACAACGGCACGUGCUUCAAGGCCUGCUGCGGUGGUGACCAGACCACCUGCCCCGACCGAGGGGGCUGCACGUGCGACUGCAGCUGGGCGAGCGACGCGUCGUGCCAGAAGGACGACGGUGGGUGCUGCCACGGCUGCUGCUGUAACAACGUGGUGCCUGGAAAGCCGCAGCCCGUGUGCGUUCACAAGCACCCGGAGGACUUCUUCCCCAUGGAUCUGCCCAGCAGCGACGUGUCCUUGAACAUAUUCUGUUUCGCGUUGAUGAUGCCCGACAGUUACGAGCAGGACCUGAUCCAGAUGCAGUACAAGAAAUGGACCAGCAUAUUUGCUUGCGACGGCUAUGCUGUGUACAGCAGUAAGGUCAUCUCAUUGGGAGACGAUCUUAAGACCAGAAAGGUGAAUAGUUCGCUGGACUGCAAGAAAGGAGGCGAGUUCGGGACGGCGCUGAACACCGACAUAUUUUUCGCUGUCUGGGACAGGGUCGCCGAGGACGGACAGUAUCUGCUACACAAUUGGACCGUAAAAGUGGAUCCGGAUACCGUUUUCUUGCCGUGGCGGCUGCGCCCAGUGCUGCGGAAUCACUCGUCCUGCUCUGGAGGAGUUUACUUGAACAAUUGCAAGCAUGGGUUGCAUGGCCCGAUCGAGGUGUUCUCGAAGGAAGCGGUGACGAUAUGGCUUCAUGGCCGGCCGAAGUGCACGUCUCAUUUCACGAAGAUGUGCAAUGGCUCCUGUUAUUGGGGCGAAGACAUGUUCAUAGACCAGUGCCUCUGCGCGGUCCUUGGAGUCAGGCGUGACAAUGACUACAGCCUGCUGGUAGAGGACAACUGUGAUCCCUCAGUUGACUGGCGGUCUUGCGAUGACCCUCUCCGGAUCUCGUUCCAUGCGUUCAAGACCCUGGAGAGCUGGGGCGGCGCGAGCCAGUUGGAGUUCAAUUGCGACACGGCUCUCAACAAUUGGCGAGCGGCCUGGUCCGACGCUAAAAAGAUGUGGUGCUGCCAGCGUGCCCAGAAGGGCUGCGUCGACGCGAACGCGACCACGUCGGAGCCCUUCGACUGCGACGCUGGGUUCGCUGGCUGGAAGGCUGGCUGGUCCGCCGGCAAGAUGCUGUGGUGCUGCCAGCGCUACCAGAAGGGGUGCGAGCAGGGCCCGAAUGGCUCCGAAGAGGCUAGUGCGCCCCUGCCCACUCCGAGCCCACUGCCGCUCCCUGUGCUGCAAGAGCCCAGCCUGUCGCCAGCUGUUGCAGCGCCAGGUGACACCGGCCAGCCCACGCCGUCGCCGGACGGGUUGCAGCCAUCCAUCGCGGUGCCUGCCCCCACGCCCGUGGACAGCAGCCAGGAGUCCGACUGUGACUUCGCCUGCCAGUGCUCCAGCAACGUUGUGAAUUGCGAGCAGUACAUCUUCGACGUCUUCCAGAAGACGUACGCUCUCAUGUCAAACGCCUGCAUGGCCGCCUACAACGUGGUCGUGGACAGCUGCCCCUGCUGCCUCGACGGCGGCUGCUCUGCCGAGGGAGCUGGCUGCGUCACCAGCGACGGCAUGGCGCUGGGGGAUCCUUAG